UUGAAAAAAUUAAAGGAUAUUCCAUUUAAAAUCCAAACCGCAAGUUUGAAAGGUAGACGUAAAGCAAUUGAAGAAAUUCAAGAUGUUUUAUCAACACCAGGUAUAACUGAACCAGCAGUUAGAUUUAUUAGUAGAGUGCUAACAUUGACCUUGCACCGUUACCGAGAUAGAUCAUCACAAUCCUACGUUAAAAAUCUACUUGCAUAUCUUACUGCUAAUCACCACGAAUGGACACAGCGCAAUUUUCUACCAUUGUUGCUUGAAAUAUCUGAGACAUUGAGAAACACAGCUACAUCAAAAAGCACAUGCCAAAGUGGACUGUUUGCAUUAUGUUGGUCAACAGUUCUUACAGAAGGAUCUCUCAAAAGUAUAGAGGAUGAUGGAGUGGACUACAAGUCAUUGGUUUUGUCCCAAGCUAACUUGUUGGCUGUUGUCACUGCCUUUGGAAACAAGAGAAAAAAUGAUAAAGCCUUCUCCAUGCUACAUGCGACAUGGAGUACAAUUGGUAAUAAGAAAGUAUCUAAAUGGCUGGAAGUUCUCACCACAUUACCAGCUGACUCUGGUCCGCACAUUUGCGUCACUUUCUCCGCUCUAUGUAGACACUUGAAGCAAACAGGGGAUGAAGACCUCAUCAUGACACAUAAGGCAAAAAUGUUAGAAAGUUUCACAAAGAGCCUCAUCAGUGUGAAAAGCCGCCCGAAUGCGAAUUAUAUUACUGCAUGUGCCGAUCUAUUAAGUCUGCUGACAAAGAGCGAUGUUCAAGAGACUUUAUUGCCUGCAUUGCAAAAAGCAAUGCUGCGUAGUCCAGAAACUAUUAUUCAAGCGGUGGGAGAAGUUUUCACAAACCUCAAUAUAUAUGUGGAUGGAAUUGCUGUGGAUAUUGGGAAGAGCUUGAUAGGUAACCUACAUUCAAAAGAUGCAUGGGCUAGAGUAGAGGCGAACAAGGCACUAUCUCACUUGGCCAAGCGAUGUUCCGCUUUGGAUGUUGCACGUCACUUGUUAACGAGUGCCUUCGCCGAAUACCACGGAGCUAGUGGCAAGCUGACUUCCAGCGAAGACAAAAUCGCCGUGCUACAGGGUGUGAGCACACUGAGUGAACUGGCGGUGUCUGAGGAAGAUUUUGUAGCACUCUUCAACGAGACAGUGUCGCAGAUGACUCGGGUGUUGGAAAGCGAAUCCCAUGAACGUACACUGUGUGUUGCUCUCGACGUGUUAGACCGUUGGACACAAAGGCUUCAAGCACCGUUACCUGAUAAAAUCUUUGAACUAUUCAAGAAAAACCAAUCGGCAAAGAGCAGUACGCAACCUGUGCGCACUGCGUACGUGUCGCUGGUGUCGCGUGCGGCGAGACGCGGCGCCUCGCGAGCGCACAGCGACGCGCUGCGCCCCGCCCUGCUCGCCGCCGUCGAGCGCGCCGCACACCAGCCGCUGCAGCAUCUGGUGGUGAGCGAAGGUAUCAGUGCCAUGCUGGGACUGACGUUACUGGACACUGCACGAGAGCUACCGGGCAAGGGAGCGGUGUGGGCGACGCUGGUACACCCAGAUAAACAUGUUCUCCUGCACGAUAGAGUGCUCAGUGCCACCCAUGACGACGUCCUCAUACAGGUGGUGUUGCUAUGCAGAACAGUGUUGGAAAACUACCAAGGUGUUGCCAGCGAGAGGAACUCACCUGUGUAUAGAGCGUUUAUACUUACCUUACUAUCAACCGCCAAAUCAGUGCGAAACACGGCAAUAGAGGAAGUGAAAUCAUUACUUGCCAAAGAAGACAGAGCUCAACUAGCAAGAUAUUUAGCACUAAAGUUGAACGACGUGCUGGAAGAGGGCAAAAUCUUCUGCGUCAAAGAGAAGACACCUCCUGAAGAAAAGGCACCUGAAGUGACUGGGAAGAUGAUAUUAGAUUGUGUACAAGCUCUUUGUUCAUUUAGGGAUUACCCAUCUGAGGAUCGCGAACGUCUAGCGUUGGACGUGCUGCCGAGCUGCCACCAUCCCAUAGCGGUGGCUGUGAAUAAACGGGCCUGGUUCAGUGUGGUCUCGUACCUGCGGCUCGACCCUAGGGACUUAGUUGGCCGCUAUGCAAGCAACCUGAAGAAUACCUACAUCAUCGGCUACACGCCCACUGAGAGUGCGUGGAACGUGGUGGCGAGCGUGGUGCGCGCCAACCCCGAGGCGCUGGGCGCGCCGGCGCUGGCGCAGGCGCUGGACGCGCUGCGCUCGCCCGACCUGCUGCACGUCACCAGGGACGAGUACUUCACCUUCCUCACGCCGGAGGGCGAGCUCUACGACAAGAGUGUCGUGCCCGGAAAUGAAGAUAGCAAAGAGAUGAAUCUAAAGCGCGAAAGCAAGGCGUACAGCUACAAGGAACAGCUGGAAGAGCUACAGCUGAGGCGGGAGCUGGAGGAGAAACGGCGCCGUGAGGGAAAAGUUAAGGAAGUGACGUUAUCCGCUAAACAGAAGGAAGCAAUCAAACUUCAGUUGGCUAAGGAGAGUGCGAUCCGUGAGAGACUCACCACGUUAAACGAUCGCGUGGUGCGCGCGGUGCGGCUGCUGGAGGCGGUGCAGGCGGGCUCGGAGAUGGCGGUGUGCGAGCAGGCGCGCCACCUGGUGGCCGCCGUGCUGGGCGCGCUGCGCAGCCCGCUCGCCGCCCCGCUCCUCGCCGCCGCCUACCUGCGCCUGCGCCCGGCGCUGCUGCCGCAGCACGCGGUGCUCGGCGACACCGUGGCGCGCGUCGCCCUCAGAUUACACAAGCCACAAUGCGACUUGGACCCGUGCUGGGAGGAGGAGGAUUUGAACAAAGCUGCCAUCCGCACCAUCAACCUAGUGCAUGCGGCCACCGCUGAGCCCAAGUCGGACUCCGACGACGCACCGCCCAAAAACAACUAUUUCACAGCUCCUGGCUUUUGUUAUGUUUUCCCAUUAUUGAAACAAGGUUUGACGGGUGCGGCGCAAGGCGACGAGGCGGCCAUGCUGCACGGCGUGGCGGUGGUGGCACGCCACGCGCGCCUGCGCGGGGACCCCGCCGACCCGCGCGACCUGCUGCGCCCUUCGCUCUUCCCCAUCGACCACAUGUUCCGUCUGCUCAUCGACCUCAUCAGCAGCACGAGCGGGCGCGUGCAGGCCGCGUGCACGGUGGCGCUGCUGGACACGGCGCAGUGCGCGGCGCGAGGAGACCUCUCGCUUGAGGACCUCACCUGUUUGCUGGACGGACUGCAGAAUCCCAUGGAGGUUGUUCGUGACGCAGCGCUACGAGCGUUACUGUGUGUGGUGGAUUGUUUGCCACCAUUGCUGGAAGAUUUGGACCAUGGAUUGGAUAUCACGAAGCACCUUUAUGUUGCUACUUUCGACGUGUCCGAAGAUAAUAGGAAGCUGGCGCUGGAGGUGUGGGGCGGGGCGGAGCGUGCUCAGGCGUGGGUGCGCGACGCGCAGGAGCAGCUGGCGCUUGCGCUGGUGCGCUCGCUGCAGCAGCGCGCCGAGCCGCUGCAGCGCGCCGCCGCCGACGCGCUCGCCGCCCUCGCGCUCCCGCACACCGCGCCCGACCGCGUCAUGCACAUGCUGCACCAACUCUACGACGAGAAGCUGCCGCUGAUUCCGGCGAAGCUGGACCAGUUCGGGCACGAGCGCUCGGCUGCGGUGGACGAGUGGGAGGCGCGUCGCGGGGCGGCGCUAGCUCUGCGAGCCCUGGCGCCGCGGCUGCGCGCCGCCGACGUGCCGGCCGCCACCGCGUUCUUCGUGCGCCGCGGCCUCGCCGACCGCUCGGCCGCCGUGCGGGACCACAUGCUCGCCGCCGCCAUGGCCGUCGUCGACCUGCACGGCAAGGAGACGCUCAGCAGCCAGCUGCCGGAGUUCGAGCACUUCCUGGACACGGCGCCGAAGUCCGGCGGGUACGACGCCGUGCGCCAGUGCGUGGUGCUGCUGGUGGGCUCGCUGGCGCGCCACCUCGAGCCGCACGACGCGCGCAUCAAACCCAUCACGCUGCGCCUCGUGGCCGCGCUCUCCACGCCCAGCCAGCAGGUGCAAGAAGCAGUCAGCAAUUGCUUGCCGCACUUGGUGACUUCGCCGGCACUUGAGGACGAGAUUCCAACCAUUAUGAACAAACUCAUGAAGCAACUGCUAACGGCGGAGAAGUAUGGUGAUAGGAAGGGCGCUGCUUAUGGUAUUGCCGGUAUUAUAAAGGGACUUGGUAUUUUGUCGCUAAAACAAUUAGACGUCAUGGGCAAACUCACUGAAGCUAUACAAGAGAAGAAGAACUACAAGUACCGUGAAGGCGCUCUGUUCGGUUUCGAGAUGCUGAGCCUCAAACUUGGCCGUCUAUUUGAGCCCUAUAUCGUGCACGUGCUACCUCAUUUGCUGAUGUGCUUCGGCGACAGUUCCCAGUACGUACGUGCAGCCGCCGACGACACCGCCAAACUCAUCAUGAGCAAACUGAGCGCUCACGGAGUCAAGCUAGUGCUACCCUCACUGCUGCAAGCGCUGCAGGAUGACAACUGGCGCACUAAGGCUGGGUCGAUCGAGCUGCUGGGUGCGAUGGCGUACUGCGCGCCCAAGCAGCUGUCGUCGUGCCUGCCGUCCAUCGUGCCCAAGUUGAUCGAGGUGCUGAGCGACUCGCACAUGCGCGUGCAGGAGGCCAGUGCGGAGGCCCUCAAGGUCAUCGGCUCCGUCAUACGGAACCCGGAGAUUCAAGCGAUCGUGCCAGUGCUGCUGCAGGCGCUGCAGGACCCGUCCAACAAGACGUCGGCGUGCCUGCAGACGCUGCUCGACACCAAGUUCGUGCACUUCAUCGACGCGCCCUCGCUGGCGCUGAUCAUGCCGGUGGUGCAGCGCGCCUUCCUCGACCGCAGCACCGAGACCCGCAAGAUGGCCGCGCAGAUCAUCGGCAACAUGUACUCGCUCACCGACCAGAAGGAUCUCAUGCCCUACCUGCCCAACAUCAUCCCCGGACUCAAACGCUCGCUCCUGGAUCCCGUGCCAGAGGUGCGGUCGGUGUCGGCGCGCGCGCUGGGCGCCAUGGUUCGCGGCAUGGGCGAGUCCAGCUUCGAGGAGCUGCUGCCGUGGCUCAUGCACACGCUCACGUCCGAGACCAGCUCCGUGGACCGCUCGGGCGCUGCGCAGGGCCUCUCGGAGCUGGUGGCCGGCCUCGGCGUGCACAAGCUGCACAAGAUCAUGCCCGAUAUAAUAGCGACAGCCGAGCGCACGGACAUUGCGCCGCACGUGAAGGACGGCUACAUAAUGAUGUUCAUCUACAUGCCGGGCGCCUUUACUGACGAGUUCACGCCCUACAUCGGCCAGAUCAUCAACCCGAUCCUCAAGGCGCUCGCCGACGAAAACGAGUACGUGCGGGAAACUGCUCUGAAGGCCGGCCAGAGGAUCGUCAACUUAUACGCGGAGUCUGCCAUCACAUUGCUCCUGCCAGAAUUGGAGAGGGGCCUGUUCGACGACAACUGGAGGAUCAGAUACAGUUCGGUACAGCUGCUGGGUGACCUGCUGUACCGUAUAUCGGGCGUGUCGGGCAAGAUGAGCACGGAAACUGCCUCGGAAGACGACAACUUCGGCACGGAGCAGUCGCACAAGGCCAUCAUGAAUGCUUUGGGCGUGGAGCGUCGGAACAGAGUGCUGGCGGGCCUGUACAUGGGCAGGAGCGAUGUCGCGCUGAUGGUGCGUCAGGCAGCCCUGCAUGUCUGGAAGGUGGUCGUGACGAAUACACCAAAGACCCUGCGCGAGAUUCUGCCCACAUUAUUCGGGCUGCUCCUCGGGUGUUUGGCUUCUACUAGUUACGACAAACGCCAGGUCGCUGCGCGUACCCUUGGAGAUCUUGUUAGAAAGCUGGGCGAGCGCGUGCUGCCGGAGAUCGUGCCGAUCCUGGAGCGCGGGCUGCGCUCGGAGCGCGCCGACCAGCGCCAGGGCGUCUGCAUCGGCCUCGGCGAGAUCCUCGCCUCCACCUCGCGCGACGCCGUGCUCAGCUUCGCCGACGGACUGGUGCCGACGGUGCGCACGGCGCUGUGCGACGAGCUGCCGGAGGUGCGCGUGGCGGCGGCGCGCACGUUCGACUCGCUGCACGCCACCAUCGGCAACAAGGCGCUGGACGACAUCCUGCCGCAGAUGUUGGCGCAGCUGCACGACCCCGACCGCCAGAAGGCCGACGCCGCACUAGACGGACUCAAGCAAAUAAUGGCGAUCAAGUCGCGCGCGGUGCUGCCGUACCUGAUCCCGGUGCUGACGGGCGGCGGGGGCGGCGGGGGCGGGGCGGCCGACACGCGCGCGCUGUCUGCGCUGGCGGCGGCGGCGGGCGGCGCGCUGUCGCGCCACCUGCCGCGCGUGCUGCCGGCGCUGCUGGGCGCGCUGCAGGCGGCGCGCGGCACGCCCGCCGAGGCGCGCGAGCUCGACCAGUGCCGCGACGCGCUGCUGCCCGUCGUCGACGACGUCGGCGUGCGAUGCAUUAUCGACACACUGCUGGAGUGCGUGCGCACGAGCACAGGCGAGAAGCGUCGCGCAGCCGCGGCGCUGCUGUGCGCGUACGUGUCGCACUCGCGCGCGGAGCUGGGCCCGCACGUGCCGCAGCUGCUGCGCGGCCUGCUGCUGUUGUUCGCGGACACCGAGCGCGACGUGCUGCAGAUGGCGUGGGAGGCGCUGUCGGCGCUGACGCGCACGCUGGACGCGGAGCGGCAGCUGCAGCACGUGGCCGACGUGCGCCAGGCCGUGCGCUACGCCGCCGCCGACCUGCGCCCCGGCGACCUGCUGCCCGGCUUCUGCCUGCCCAAGGGUAUCGCGCCUAUCCUGCCGCUGUUCCGGGAGUCGAUCCUGAACGGGCUACCGGAAGACAAGGAGAACGCGGCCCUGAUGCUGGGCGAGGUGAUCCGGCUCACGUCGGCAGCCGCACUGCAGCCGUCCGUGGUGCACGUCACCGGCCCGCUCAUCCGUAUCCUGGGCGACCGCUUCAACGCCGCUGUCAAGGCCGCUGUUCUCGAGACCCUUGCCGAACUACUCUCGAAGGUCGGCGUCAUGCUGAAACAGUUCCUACCACAGCUGCAAACUACAUUCCUGAAGGCUCUGAAUGACCCCAACAGGCCAGUCCGCAUCAAAGCCGGUCUCGCUCUCUCCCAGCUCGUACUCAUUCACACCAGGGCUGACCCGCUCUUCGUGGAAAUGCACAAUGGCAUUAAGAACACAGAUGACCCUGCGAUAAGAGAGACCAUGCUGCAAGCUCUGCGAAGUAUUAUCACUGGAGGCGGGGAGAAAAUGUCGGAGCAACUGGCCCUAAGCAUCCUCACGACGCUGACGAGUCCAGCGCUGCUGGCACAUCCAGACGAUCCGCCGCGAAGUGCCGUGGGAGGCUGUCUAGGGGCUCUUCUGCACUGCCUGCCGGUGGCCCACCGGGACGCCGCCGUGCAGCACCACGUGCUGGGCAGCGCGCCCGACGCGGACUGGCUGCUGCAGCACGGCCGCUCGUGCGCCCUGUUCGUGGCGCUCAAGGAGAGCCCGGACCACAUCUACCGCGAGCCCUUCGAGGAGAAGGUGGAGCGCGCGCUGCUCAACCACUUAGCCAGCGAGCGCCCGCAAGUCGCCUGCAACGCAGUACGCGGCAUGGGAUACCUCAUGCGGUACCUGCUUGCUAACCAGCGCCAAGUGCCGCCCAACAUCCUAUCGCAGUUCGUCAGGAGCAUGAACCACUCGAGCAACGAGGUGAAGCAGCUGAUGGCGCGCGCGAGCUCGCUGGUGGGGCGCGAGGCGGCGCCGGACGUGCUGCGCGUGCUGCUGCCCGCGCUCGUCAACGGCACCAAGGAGAAGAACACCUACGUGCGAGCCAACGCCGAGCUGGCGCUGCGCACCGUGCUGCGCCUGCCGCACGACCCCGCCUUCCACCAGCAAUGCAUGUCGUUGCUGGAUGAGGGUGCUCGCGAGGCGCUCAGCGAUGUGGUAGCGAGAGUACUGCGUCGUGCACAUACCGACGGACGCGAUGAAGACCUCGACUGCACGCUCAUCACCUGA